AUGGACACAGUAAAGUCAAAUCCUCGAGGAAUUCCUCAAGCGCCUUUCGUCGAAAAGAUCGAAGAGUACGUCUCAACAUACGACGAAGUUGACCCUACAUUGAAGAAGUUCCAAGAGACCGUCGCGAAGUACAAGUUUAUGGAAGUGAACGUUCUGAGAAGAGCAACUGGAUUGCGCGAAAAGAUUCCUGAUAUUGAGAAGACGCUGGAGAUGGUCAAGUUCAUUGAGUCGAAGAACGAAACUUCAGAAUCAUUUGGUACAAGCUUUGAGUUGAACGACACAUUAUUCGCAAAAGCAACCAUUGAACCAACAGACACGGUCUACCUGUGGCUCGGCGCGAAUGUCAUGCUCUCUUAUCCCAUUCCAGAGGCAAUCGAGCUUCUCACGUCGAAGCUAUCCACAGCAAAGGAGUCGCUGGCACAGUGUGAGGAGGACGCCGAGUACCUGAGAGAACAGAUCACGGUGAUGGAAGUGAAUGUUGCAAGGAUUUACAAUGAGGGUGUGCGACUGCGAAGACAGCAAGAUCAGGGGAAGUGA